UUACCUGUCUAGGUAAGUCAGGAGCAGGUCAUAGGGAGAAAGAAGCAAACAGUGGGAGGCAGUGGAAGCAGUCUGUCUCCAUCUCUGUCCUUUGAAAUAAAAGGGUACUCCUGCCUUCUGGUCAGUCCCCAGCCCAGUAGAGGCCCAGCUUGGGACACUCUUCGCUUCCCUUCGCUUCCCCUCUGGGAGCCCCUUUCGCCACCCCUGCUCCUUGCUUCAGGCGAUGCCUGAGAGAGAGCUGUGGCCAGAAGGGCCUGGCUCGGAACCUGGGACCCGCGUCGGCAGCCACGACAGCAUGAUGAGCACCGCCUCCGUCCACUCUGGAUCUAGUGAUCACAGCUAUGACUUCCUGUCUGCUGAGGAGAAGGAGUGUCUGCUUUUCCUAGAAGAGACCAUUGGUUCAUUGGAUGCUGAGGCCGACAGCGUUCUGCCUACUGACAAGUCUGAGCCCUCGACAACUCCUCAAGGUUUCGGGGUGCUCUCCAUCACCCCACUGGCUCCCCAUGGAAACUCAGAGGAGACUGUUACUCUGCAGAGACCAGAGCCCAGGACAGUGACCGAGGCAUCCUCGUCUUACCCUCCCGAGGCCCAAGGCCUGGGCCGCAAGUCUGGCUCCUAUAGUCUCCCAAGGAAUAUCCACAUUGGUGGAAACCAGAACCUCAGGCAAGGCACCACCCAGACCAACAGCUACUUCUCUGCGCGAGUCUCUGAGGGGCACCUAGCAAAGCCCAAGGAAGGCGCAGCCAGCCAGAGCAGUGAGCCACACAGGGCACCAGCCAGCCCCCGGAGGGCCAGCCUGCACCUGGACACGGUGCUCAUCCCUCCACCAAAGGCUUUCCAGGACGGCUGGCCAGAGCAGGGUGGGAAAGACAGUCUGCCUAAAGGGCCAGGAGAGCAGAGCCAUACACCCCCAAAGACAGCAGAGGCCAUGUCCAAUAAGGCCAGCAAGAAAGUCACACCAGACAGCCCUGGACAACCACAGCCCCCUCCUGCCCAGCCAUCUCAAGAUGCUAGAGCUAAAGACACUCCCCUCUCAUCAGGGGAUGAUGCAAAUGCUCAUUUGGCUCCCCUCACUGCCCCGAAGCCCAGGAAGCUGCCACCUAACAUUGUUCUGAAGAGCAGCCGAAGCAGUUUCCACAGUGAGCCCCAGAGCUGGCUGUCCCGCCACACUGAAGCUGGAGACACUGGCCACACCUCCUCCUCCCUGCAGGAGCAGAGGAAAGCACGGAGAGAAGCACUGAAGAAACUGGGACUACCUCAGGAUGAAGAGGAGCCCAGCCGCCCCCUAAGCCACCCUGCCAGCUUCAUCAGACCCAAGAAGCCCGCAGAUCAGGGCCCUGCUGCAGUCCCAGCCCCAGCUCAGCCAGCGGCUCUGACUCCAGCCUCAGCAGCUCUUCCUGCUGCAGGGAAGGCUCCAGUCCCGACGAUGGCACCAGUGGGGGGACCUUCCCCAGUGAAGGUUCCAGCUCCAGCCCCAGCCCCGGCAUCCUCUCCAGGCAAGGCUUGCGUUGGUGGACAGGAAGCCCCUCCAGGACAGGCCACAGCUCACAAAUCCAUGCCAAUUCCCAUUCCCAAGACCUCCAAGGCAAGUAGUCCCCUGACUAAGCCAAAGCCGGACUCAGGCCUGACUCUCCAGGAGAGCAGCAUCCCAGGCCUGAAACAGAUGAACUUCAAGUUCAACACUCUGGAGCGUUCGGGUGUCGGGCUGAGCAGCUACCUCUCAGCUGAGAAAGACCCCAGCCCCAAAACUAGCACUUCUCUGGGAAAGGACUCUGUUUUGCAGCACACAUCUCCCAGUGUGCUGCGUAACUCUCGGCCACGCCCUGCCUCCCUGGGCACUGGGAAGGACUUUGCAGGUAUCCAGGUAGGCCGGUUGGCCGACCUGGAGCAGGGCCAGAGCUCCAAGCGUCUGUCCUACCAAGGACAGAGCCCUGACAAGCUUCCCCGGCCCCUCUGCGUCAGUGUCAAGAUUUCCCCAAAAGGCGUCCCUGAUGAACACAGAAGACAGGCUCUGAAGAAGCUGGGACUGCUGAAGGAGUAGCUCUGCCAAAGAGUAAGACUCAGGAGGGACUUGGGGUCCACUCAGGAGCCUUUGUGACCUCAGAGCUCAGGGCGGGCUUGGACAGGCUUUUCAAAGAUGCUUUUGCUCUUUGAAAUGAAGAGAGGGAGAGACUGAAUCCAAGCAUAUGUUCAUAUUGAGAGUCAGGAGCCUGCAUGGACAUAGCUUGACACAAGAGGGUGUGUGUGUCUGUGUGUGUGACGAGUUGUAUAUAUCACUGACAUUAUUUAUGUAACACAAGA